UGGCUGCGCGACUACUUUUCGGAUGGAUCGCAGCGGAUCGGUUAGUUCUUGGACGGAAUUCAACGUUUUUCGACGUUUGUUCUUUGCACCGAGCUCCGAAACGAGCGUGCUCAGUUAAAAAAGCGAGAAAUAAAAUAAAAAAAGCGAAAAACGCAGCAAAUUGUUAGACAAAUUAAUUCACCGCUCGGAGGGAAAAGUGAAAUUGCAUAUUAUGAAAUUGGUUUAAUUAUUUUCUGUGCGUGUUUGCUAGAGCUUUAUUAUCUUUUUUUUACUUUCGUGAAUCGACCUUUGCGAACUUAUCGUCGUAACCAGCGAAAAACAAAAAAUGAAAAACAGCAAUGACAACAACAACAACGAGGGCUAAUAAUAAUUAAACAGCGUGAGUUGUUGUAUGCUCGCUGGGCUGCCGGUGUGUGCGUGCCCGAGUAUCUGUGAGAGCGGCGGGCCGAGUGUGCGAGUGUGUGUGUGUUGUCUUUCUGCGGAGACGUCCAAUUGUCAACAGUCAACAAUUGCGUUCGGCGUGCCCCUAGUCGAGAUCCUCCGCUGGGCGAGCGAGACACAGCCGCCGAUGCAGAUACAGAUCGCGGGACGCCCACUCCCCCACUAGCAGGCCCCCAACACAGCACUUACAGAGUCGCAGAACUCCCCGAUCCGAUCGUCCGAUCAUCCGAUCACCCGAUCGAUGCGAAUUGCAUGGGCCCAACGGCCGGACAGCAGGAACACAGCGGAGGCGAAAAAGGCGAAGAAGCGAAAAAAGUGCUAACUGUGCAGUCGACGGCAACCUGAGCGGUAGGAACAGGUGAGUUAAGUAUGCGAUUCCCAUGAGCGGCGCCCACUGAACCACCAAACCAGUGCCACGACCACCGACCCCCGACUUGCAUCCGGAGCACCCCGGAUAUAUCCACAGCCACGAUGCUGCAGCACACGAUGACGAAGCGCAAGACGCUGAUCAUCGCCUGCUUCGGGAUCGCGCUGGGCCUCUGCAUCGGCACCGUGCUGAAGAACUACCGGGCCCUGGAGAUCGUGAAGCGCUGCAGCCUGCGGCCCACCAACCUCAAGUCGCCGGCGGAGAUCAUCGGGCUGCGGGAGGAGGACAGCAUCCAGAACUCGCAGAGGAACCUCGUCUUCGUGGGCGUGAUGACGGCCAAGAGCUUCCUGGAGGGCAGGGCGCGGGCGGUGUACGAUACGUGGGGCAAGGAGGUGCCCGGCCGCAUGGCCUUCUUCAGCUCCGAGGGCAGCUACUCCGAGGACCUGCCCGUGGUGGCGCUGAAGAACGUGGACGACCGCUAUCCGCCGCAGAAGAAGUCCUUCAUGAUGCUGUACUACAUGUACGAGCACUACAUCGACCGCUUCGAGUGGUUCAUCCGGGCGGACGACGACGUCUACAUGGAGCCGGACAAGCUGGAGCGCUUCCUGCGCUCCAUCGACAGCUCCAAGCCGCAGUUCAUCGGCCAGGCGGGCAAGGGCAACAGCGAGGAGUUCGGCCUGCUGUCCCUGGAGUUCGACGAGAACUUCUGCAUGGGCGGCCCGGGGGUGAUCCUCAGCAGCGAGACGCUGCGCCGCGUGGCGCCCCACAUCCCCAGCUGCCUGAAGAACCUCUACAGCACCCACGAGGACGUCGAGGUGGGCCGGUGCGUGCAGAAGUUCGCCGGCAUACCCUGCACCUGGAACUAUGAGAUGCAGUACAUCCUGCGGCACAACUCAAGUGGCCGGAAUGCGUACACUGGAAAGCUGAAAAGGAAGGAGAUCCACAACGCCAUCACCCUGCACCCCAUCAAGCAGGCGCCGCUCAUGUACCGCCUCCACUCCUACGUCCAGGGUCUGAGGGCCGAGGAGAUGCGCCAGGAGUCGCUGCUCCUGCAUCGGGACAUCAAGCGGAUGGCCAAGUACCUGGAGGUCCCCGACGAGAGCACCUACAUGCUGCCCAGCGUCUCGCCGGAAAGCGACUUCAACAAGAGGCACUUCCAGGACCACAACAUACUGGGAAUCAGCCCGGAACUGAAUAAGUUCGUGCCCGACAGCACCGAGGACCUCCUGGAGUGGUCCUUCAUCGCCCGCAGCCUGUACUCGGCCACCUCGGCCAAUCCCAAGCAGAAGAUCGACUCGGCGAUGCGCGAGGGCCUGGAGGACGUGAUCACCGAGGUGAUGGAGAACAUCAACAACUACUCCCGGCAGCGGGGUCGCGUCAUCGAGUUCCGGGAGCUGCUCUACGGCUACCAUCGCCUGGACGCGCUGCACGGCCAGGACCUGAUCCUGGACCUGCUGCUCAUCUAUAAGAAGUACCGCGGCAAGAAGAUGACGGUCCCGGUGCGCAGGCAUCUCUACGUCCAGCGGGCCUUCACGGGCAUCUUCGUCAAGGAGUUCGACGAGGACUUCUACAACGUCACCCUGCAGCAGAGUCUCCUGGGCAGCCUCUUCCAGAACGGAAUGGCCCGGCUGAGCAGCCACUUCACGAUGCCCAGCGGCCUGCUGCCGCCGACGCAGGACAAGAUCGUCUUUGUCCUGCCCAUCGCCUGGCGCCUGGGCACCUUCGAGCGCUUCCUGCGCACCUACGAGCGCGUCUGCGUGCUCGGCGAGCAGCACUGCGACCUCCUGGUGGUGAUCUUCGGCUCGCCGGACGAGCUGGGCGACCACCUGAAGCUGCUGCACGACCUGCAUGCCCGCCAUGUCUACCAGCAGGUGAACUGGAUCCAGAGGAACAGCGCCUUCUCGCGCGGCGUUGCCCUGGAUGUGGCAGCCAGAUCCUCGUACAUCCGGCAGGAGGACAUCAUUCUGUUCAUCGACGUGGACAUGGUCUUCGAGGUGGAGACGCUGCAGCGCGUGAGGAUGCACACGCAGCGCGGCAAGCAGGUUUACCUGCCCAUUGUCUUCAGCCAAUACGAUCCGCAGAGGAGGAGCUCUGGAUCCGAUGAGGGGGAAACCCCGAGAAUCGACGACGAGCGCGGUUAUUUCCGGCAGUUCGGCUUCGGCAUCUGUGCCAUCUACAAGUCGGACAUUCUCGACAAGGACAUCAAUGGCUUCGACAAGGACAUCACCGGCUGGGGCCUGGAGGAUGUCAAGUUCCUGGAGAAGAUCGUGCGCGUGGGCACCAGGCAGCGCGGCUUCCUGGCCAACACCGCUGAGCUGGCCAUGGACUACAACGAGGCCGCCGAGCACUGGCGCCGAUUGAGUGUCUUCCGCGCCCCGGAUCCCACGCUGGUCCACAUCUACCACGACAUCAGCUGCGACGUGCAGUUGGAUGCCCCGCAGUACAACAUGUGCCUGGGCACCAAGGCCAACUCACUGGGCAGCACGAGGCUGAUGGAGCAGCUCUUCCACAGCAAUCCGGAGAACAUCCAGUUCGCCGCCGAGUUCAAUCGCCAAAAACAACAGCAGCAGCAGGCCAGGUGAUGAUCGAUCCCGAUCCCGGCCAGAUCCAGUGAUCCGAUCCGCCAGCGAUCCUGCCACAUAGUAUUAUGCUAAAUGUUUCCUAAAUCAGAGCGUGUGAGUGUGUGAGCCAGCCGAAAUGCCAAAUCAAUUCGUUAGUCCCUAUUGCUAAGUCCUAAUGAUAUGUGCACUAGAUGUAGGGCAGUGAUGGGAUAAGAUGGGUAAAACUUGUAAACUAGUAGGAUAUCAUACACAUAGGAACCGAUAAAAAAUUGUAGUAGCCUAAUAUACAAAAUAUUAUCAAAUACUAUGACAGCUUAUAAUUAAAAUGUACAUUUUUUUAUAAACUAAACUCCAUAAAUAUGUAACUUAUCCAAUUUCCAAAAUUUAAAACUUGUUAAAGAACUUAUUUUAUAAAGUAAUACCAGAGAUUGUCUGGAAAAAUUAUACUUAAGAAAGUGUAUAAAUAAUAUCAGUGCAUGUAAAACAUUUUUUUUAUAAAACAAUUGUAAGUCAUAUAAUGAGAAGAAUAUUUGCAAUUAAGGGGGCUGCUUAAAAGAGUAAGAACUUAAAGUUGAAUAAAGGAAAGUAGCCUGUAUUCCACCUAAGCACUUCCCAUCACUGUGGCCAGAUAGGUUGUUAGCUAAGAUAGUCAGUAGCAUUUAAAAUGCAUUAUAAAAUGUUUAUGUUUAAGUAAAACCCUAUCAUAAAAACUGUAUUCCAACAACCUCGAUUGCAUUCACAAUUAGGUAAUUCAAUGCUUGAUUUUACAGUCAAAUAAACCGCUUAAUUAUA